AAGAUAAUAUAUGGAAAAUUCACCUAAAGCAUAAAGAUAAUAAUUUUUCAAUAUAAGAGAAUAGAAUCAUUGGUCAUUAUUAAUACUUUAAAUAUCCCUCCCAUGCAUUAUAUACUCCCAACGUAGCAUUAUUAAAUCACAACAAUCAUCUCAUCCUCAUCUUCUCCCAUUUCCAUCUUCAUUCUUUUUAGUUUCGCCGGGUGGCAAUUUUGCAAUUACUCGUAAUAAUAUGGUGCCGCCACCGCCGCCGCCUCACGUGCUGAUCGUGACCUUUCCGGCGCAAGGCCACAUCAACCCUUCUCUCCGGUUCGCCAAACGCCUCCUAAGCCUGGGCGUCCACGUCACCCUCGCCACCAGCGUCUACGCCCACCGCCUAAUCCUCAAGGCCAACGGCGCCGGCGUCCCACGCGCCGCCGGCUUCAACUUCGCCCCUUUCUCCGACGGGUACGACCAAGGCUUCAGGAAGGACCGCGGCGACGACUUCGUGAGCUACAUGUCGGGGCUCAAGGCCCGCGGGUCCCUGGCGGUGAGAGACAUCAUCUCCGCAUGCGCCGCCGACGGCCGCCCCGUCACGGCGGUCGUCCGUACCAUCCUGCUUCCCUGGGUCGCCGACGUGGCGCGUGACGUGGAACUGACCUCCUCCCUGCUGUGGAUUCAGCCCGCCGCCGUGUUGGGCUUGUACUACUACUUCUUCCACGGGCACGAGGACGUCUUCGAGAAGGAGGCGGUGGAGCUGCCGGGGCUGCCGCGCCUCGAAAGCCGGGACUUGCCGUCGUUCCUGCAGCCAUCCGGCUCGGAGGGAGAUUACAGUUUUGCCCUUGCGGGAUUCAGGGAGGAGAUGGAGAUGCUUGACCGUGAACUCGAAACCGGUCAACGGCCGACGGUGCUGGUCAACACCUUCGACGCCUUAGAGGCGGGGACACUCAACACGGCCGACAUCAGAUACAACUUGGUAAGCAUCGGACCGUUGGUUCCGCCGGCGUUCCUAGACGAAGACGACCCAACGGACACCGCCUUCCGGGGUGAUCUGUUCGAGAACGGGGGCGACGACGACAUCAAUCGCUGGCUGAGAACGCAGCCGGAGUCGUCGGUGGUGUACAUCUCAUUCGGGAGCAUCCUAAACCCAUCCAAACCCCAAAAGGAAGAGAUAGCCAGAGCACUUCUGGAGACCAAACGGCCCUUCUUGUGGGUCAUAAGGAAGAAACUCGAAAACGAAGCCGCCGGAGAAGAGGACGGGGAGCUGAGCCGCAGGGAGGAGCUGGAGAAACAGGGGAUGAUUGUGGGGUGGUGCGCCCAGACGGAGGUGCUCAAGCACCCCUCCGUCGGGUGCUUCGUGACACACUGCGGGUGGAAUUCGACGCUCGAGAGCAUAUGCUCCGGCGUGCCCGUGGUGGCGUUCCCUCACUGGACCGACCAGGGGACCAACGCCAAGCUGCUCCAGGAUGUUUGGAGGACAGGGGUGCGCGUGGCGGCGCCGGUCAAGAACGAGGACGGGGUCGACGUGGUCGGAAGCGGGGAAAUAAAGCGGUGCAUCGAGAUUGUGACCGGCGACGGGGAGGAGUUGAGAAGGAACGCUAGGAGAUGGAGGGAUUUGGCUUGGGAAGCUGCCGGGGAAGGUGGAUCUUCCGACAAGAAUCUCCGGUUAUUCGCCGAGAAAGUGGCGGGUCGUAUUGAAUAAGAAGAAUUGGUUUGUCUUUUCAAUUUUUUGAGUCAAUGGUGACACAAUUAAUGAUAAAAAUUGAAUGGGAAAAUGUUGAAAUGCUCUUGACUGUUUGAAGUCAUGUUAGUUUUCCUCUCUUUUUUUACUUUGUGUCUAUAAGCUUAAUAUGUGUAUGAACAAAAAUAAGUCAAAGUAAAUUCAUGAUCACAAU